AGCACUGGAAUGAGCGAGUCACCAGGAGCUGUGACAGGAAAGCUGAGGAUUUCGUCCAAAUUGGAUCUGGAGCAUCCCUUGGCACCUCGGGCUCCCAUUGCCAGGUUUUAUACAGCCCUGGUGACAGGGGACCUGAGGAGCCUGCAGGUCCUGACUGAGCGAUACCACCAAGAUGUCAACCUGGUCUUUGAGAUCAGCAAGAACGAGCUGGAGUGGCAGGUGAAAAGCCAAGCCUCUUACGGAGUCUCAGGGCUGUGGGCGCUGGAGGAGAGGCAGGAGCUGAGCACCCCUCUGUGCCUCGCCGCCCGCCACGGCCACCCCGACUGCCUGCGGCACCUCCUGCGCCGCGGGGCCGACCCCAACCUGGCCCCAGGGGGACAGGGAGCCCUGCACGAGGCCUGCCAGGGGGGGCACAGCGAGUGUGUGGAGCUGCUGCUGGAGUACAAGGCCAACCCCAACCUGCAGAGCGACGAGGGGCUGGCCCCGCUGCACCUCUGCACCACCCCGGACUCCCUGCGGUGUGCCAGGCUCCUAGUGAGGCACGGGGCAGCCGUGGAUCUGCCGAGCGAGGCGGGAGGGGACACAGCCCUGCACGUGGCCGCCAGGCACCGUCUGUGCCACCACGCCCGCCUCUACCUGCGGCGCCGGGCGCGCGUCGACGCCCGCAACGCGCGGGAGGAGACGGCCCUGGGCAUCCUCUGCAGGCACCCCCCGGCCGUGGGCGACGAUUCCCUGCAGUUUUUCCAGCUGCUGGCUGCCCACGGGGCCGACGUGGACGCCCGGGACGAGAGCUGGAGGAGCCCCUUGCACCGGGCGUGCGGGGCGGCCAACGCCGAGCUGGCGCGGCUCCUGCUGCGGCGCGGCGCCGACGCCAACGCCAUCGACUACGACGGCGUGUCCCCGCUGGGCUGGGCCCUGCAGGGCGCUGCCAGCCACAGGGAUCUGCGUCCCCACCUCACCGUGCAGCUGCUGCUCAACCACGGCUCCCAGAAGAUUUGGCCCCCAGCCUUCGUCAAGGUGCUGAGAUCCUGCGCGGCCGUCCCGGAGGUCAUCGAGGUCCUCUUCAAUUCCUACUCCCAAAUCCCGGUCUGCCGGGAGUGGGCCAAGGCCGUGCCACAGGAGGUGUUCCAGCAGCACCAGCUUUUCUACGAGUCCCUUUUCGGGCUGGCGGGCACAGCCCGGAGCCUGCAGCACUGGUGCCGCUCCGCCCUCCGCAGCAAUUUUGGGAGCCAGUGCCAUUCCCUCAUCCCACUGCUGCCCGUGCCCAAGGCUCUGCAGGACUUCCUGCUGCUGGAGCCGCAAGGAUUCGUGCUGUGA